ACCAGCUCAGUCUUGCUUAAGGAGAGACUAUUCUGGCUUUUGAUUAUUUGAGCAUAACCCCUGUUGUUGUGGAUACAAAACCUAGUCGAGAAAUCAAGUAUGAAGGUGGAAACUGAAUCCAGCCAUGCUGAUGCCUCAAAUCAGGAAGCUGAACCUGCCCAACUUUUGGAUGAUGAAGAAAACAAACACCUACCAGUCAAAAAGAAGACUUCCUGUUGCACAGGCCUGAAGGUGUUUCUUGCUGCUUUAUCGUUCAGCUACUUUUGUAAAGCGCUUUCUGCCACGAUCAUGAAAAGCUCCAUCACCCAGAUUGAAAGAAGGUUUGACCUUACGUCCUCUACAGUUGGUCUCGUUGAUGGAAGUUUUGAGAUGGGUAAUUUGCUGGUGAUUGCGUUUGUGAGUUACUUUGGAGCUAAACUUCACAGGCCCAAAGUAAUCGCUGUAGGAUGCUUUAUUAUGGCUUUGGGAUGUCUUUUAACAGCAAUGCCUCAUUUCUUCAUGGGAUACUAUAAGUAUGAGGCAGUGUCACAUAGAGCAUCUUCAGCCAACUUAACUUCAAAGAUAAAUCCCUGUUUGCUACAUCAAGAUGCCAACAAAACUCUUUUGGAAUUCUCACAAGCAGGCUGUGAAAAGGAAACAUCAUCAUAUAUGUGGAUAUAUAUCUUACUGGGAAACAUGCUACGUGGAAUUGGUGAAACACCAAUAACACCACUGGGCAUCUCUUAUCUUGAUGAUUUUGCCAAGGAAGAAAAUGCACCUCUGUAUAUAGCAAGUUUGCACACAAUAGCUAUGCUGGGCCCAAUGUUUGGUUUCAUGUUGGGAUCACUAUGUGCAAGACUGUACGUGGAUAUUGGAUUUGUGGAUUUAGAAAGCAUCACUAUCACUCCACAGGAUUCUCGCUGGGUGGGUGCCUGGUGGCUUGGUUUUGUCAUAGCUGGAUCAAUCAGUCUCUUGGCUGCUAUUCCUUUCUGCUUCCUGCCGAAGAGCCUGAAAAAGCCAGAGGGAGCCAAUCACGACAAAACAUCAUCUAGUGUCCUGGGAGAGAGGAAAGCCACAAGGAAGACACAUACUUCUGCAAAAUCUAAGCCAAAGAAGUGGUCAAUUAUAUUGAAAGAUUUCUGUACAUCUCUGAAAACAGUAUUGAGUAAUCCAAUGUACCUUACGCUGUUGUGCAGCUCGCUGUUACAGUUCAGCAGCUUUAUCGGUUUCCUGACUUACAAACCUAAGUACAUAGAACAGCAAUAUGGACAGUCUACAUCUAAAUCUAACUUUAUCAUAGGUUUGACAUCCUUACCUCCUGUAGGUAUUGGGAUUUUCCUAGGAGGGUUCAUAAUGAAAAAGUACAAAAUGAGUAUGACUGGAGCAGCCAAGUUUGCAUAUAGUAUGUCAUUUUUGGCCUUCCUCCUCACUCUGUUGCACUUCUUUGUGGGCUGUGAGAAUCAUGUGGUGGCAGGACUGACAGUGUCCUAUGACGGGAAACCCACUCAGAAACAUGAAAAUGCCUUAUUUUCUGAAUGCAACUCUGGCUGCAAAUGUGCCACCAAUGUGUGGGAUCCUGUAUGUGGAGACAACGGAGUCACAUAUGUUUCAGCAUGCCUUGCUGGGUGCACAGCUUCGGUGGGACAUGGAAAGAAUAUGCUCUACCAUAACUGCAGCUGCAUCCAAGCCAGCGGGUCACAGUGGGGAAAUAACUCUGCGACUUUGGGGCAAUGCCCAAAAAGUGAUGCUUGUUCAAGAAACUUUAUUUAUUAUACGGCAAUACAAGUCCUAAGUGGCUUUUGUUAUGCAUUGGGAGGCACCCCAGCUUACAUGAUCAUGUUUAGGUGUGUCCAGCCAGAGCUGAAAUCUCUUGCAGUUGGUCUGUACACACUUGUUAUGAGAACACUAGCUGGAAUUCCGGCUCCAGUUUAUUUUGGUGCAUUGAUUGAUAGGACAUGCUUGAAGUGGGGAAGUAGAAGCUGUGGGCUUCGAGGUGCUUGCAGAAUAUAUGACUCUAAUGCUUACAGAUAUGCCUUCCUUGGUCUAUCAGCAGUGCUGAGAGCUCCUUCUUACUUGUUAGGAUUAAUUUUUAUAGUACUGGUCAAGAAACACUAUCCAGCUAAGAAAUCCACAUCUACAGAAAAUGGAGGAAGAGAAGAAGUUCCUAUGAAUAAAGAAGAUGGUUUCAAGAGCAGUGAACCUCUGACUGGUUCUCUCGAAGCAGAGAACAAAUCCUGCAUUUAGGAGGCCAUUUAAAUCAGUGUCACAUGAGUCAGGGCACAUGCUCUUGGGGACAGCUCUCACAACAUCAUGAAUAAAUCAACAGUGAGUAACACUUCUUUGGAGAGUGCAAGCAAUAACCAACUUAUAAUCAACAAAAAGAAAAGCUUACACACAGGCAUGUUCCACUUCCAAGUAUGAAUAUGUGCACCAGAUAAUCAACAACAGCCAGGUUCUUGAUUGAUAAGGAAGGAAAAUCCACCUGGCAUCACUGAUAGGGCCCAUGUGCAAUUUUCGAAGGUCUCAGAGAUGCCUUCUGGGGCAACAACCACCUCUGAUCCUGCACCCAGAGAGCGUACCCCUGCCAGGGAUCAUCAAACUGGCCUCCAAUUGCAGUGUUACAAUUUCAUCUCAUUGCAGAAUUCAAAAUAAAAGAAAAAUCUUUAAGCAACACAUUCCCAACUCAAGGAAAAGAGCCAUAUCUAACAUUUUCCAUUGCAAUACUGGCAAAAUCUGUCAAAAGCAGUGUUUUCCCAGAAAAUAUUUUACUUUAUUUCAGCUGAAAACUUUAUUCCUAGUUAUAAGCAUAAAUAAGCUGCUAGAAAUGAGAUAAUUGUUUAAAAAGUCUCAAAGUUGUAGUAUUAUAUUAAUAGUUAAUUUUUUAGGUGUGACUAUAAAACGUAAGAAAUAUUCUGAAUUUUGUAGUGACAAUAUUUUCUAAGUGAAAUCUCUGCAGUGUAUGACACUCUGUCCAAUCUGCCUUUCAUUGCUAUGCGAGGUAAUAACCAGCAGAGGACACUCAAAGAAUAGUAUUACCCAUCCUGUAACUAGACAUGCUCAAAACACUUGUUAUAUACAA